AUGGUACUUCCCAUUCCAGAAUUUUCAGUGGGAUUAUCUUCAUGUUUGGGAUUGAGUCUUGAUUCAAGUGGUGACUAUAAGAUUCUAAAAAUCGAGGGGAAUGAAUUUGGUGGUCGCAAAGUGUCUGGUGAAAUUUUCACACUAAAAAAUAAUUCUUGGCGAAAAAUUGGUGAACAUCCUCGUGUCACUGGCAAUAAGGUGUCUGCUAUGGAUUCUUUGGCAUUUAUACGUGGGGCAUUUCAUUGGAUUGGUUUUUAUUCAAAAACUUACUUUGUGGUUUCAUUUAAUAUUUCUCAUGAAGUGUAUGGAGAGAUAUCAUUGCCAGAGGAAAUAUGCUUGUUGAACACACGUAAGAUUGACAUUUCUAUAUUGGAAGGAAUGCUUUGUGCUUAUUCUAAUACAUAUGAUCAGGGGAUCCGUACUUUUAAGGUAUGGGUAAUGAGAGAUUAUAAUCUCAAGGAAUCUUGGAAUGCAAUAUUAUCUAUAGAAGAUCGUUAUCUUCUUAAAGCCAUGCCAAAAUAUAGGUUUGCAAAUGGUGAAAUAUUAUUCUGGAGCGCACAUUUACGAGGCAUGGACAUUAACUUUAGGACACAAAGAGGACCCUUUACAUUAUUGCCUAGAGGUAAAUUUCAGAAUGGGUUCACUUACACAGAAAGCUUGAUCUCUCCAAGAUUACUUAUUUAG